AUGGUCCCUCCCUCAAAGAAGCGCAAGGUUCCGCCGACCACUGGACCCGAGCCGAAGCGAAGUAAAAACUUGGCAAAGGCGAACACACGGCUGCCGAAAGCGCAACCAAAGACAGGCGGAAAGGGCAAGAAUAGGAACGAAACAUCUGCUUCGACCGGAAGAGCUGUGGUAGAUUCUUCGUCUCUAGCCUGGCAAUCCGUAGGCGAAGACUUCGGCGGUCUCCAAGUCCUCUCUGGCGUGGACGUGGUCAAGAAUGGCGGAACAGUACAGUUUGUUGUAAAGAACGAUAGCAAGAGCAGCCAGCCCGCAGUUUCCGACGACGAAGAUGAGGGGGAGUCUUUUGAAGGGUUUGGCGACGACGUUGUGGCGAGCGAGCCUGUCGAUUCCGGCGAAGCUGGCGAUUCUCAGGAUAGCGUGGAGGGCGAGAAACCUCAAGAAGAGAUUUCAGCAGUCAAACAGGGCACGAACAAGAGCGCCAAAGCCCAAAAAUCGCAAAAGCAGAGCGAGAACGACACAAACAAGAAAGGCAAACAGCAGAAGAUUGCCGACAAGAAGCUACAAAAGCCCUCUGCACAUGGGGCCGGAAACGAGUUCCUGGCGCUGGCAGAAAUGGCGGACGGAGAAGCCGAAGACGACCUCGACAUGGGCGACUGGGUGGCGUUGAAUCUGUCGCCGAGCCUUGUGUCGGCGAUUGCCAAGCUGGGAUUUGCGAAACCGACUGCUAUUCAACAGAAGUCGAUUCCGGAGAUUAUUGCUGGUGGAGAUGUGAUUGGUAAGGCGCAGACAGGCUCAGGCAAAACACUAGCGUUUGGUCUUCCUAUUGUGGAAAAAUGGCUGGAGAUGCACGAGGGGCAGCAGGAUGACGAGGAUGAUGAGCAGAAGAAGAAGAGGACAGGUCCUAUGGCGGUUGUUCUCAGUCCGACUAGAGAAUUGGCCAAGCAGAUUGGCGACCACAUCAAAGCUGUGUGUGACGGGCUGCCUACGUCGCCGUACGUUUGUGUGGUUACUGGCGGGUUGAGUAUUCAGAAGCAGCAGCGGCAACUGGAAAAGGCCGACAUCGUUGUUGGUACUCCCGGUCGUUUGUGGGAGGUGCUCGAUGGGGAUGCCAAGCUCCAACGGCAGUUUACUCGAAUCGACUUUUUGGUUGUCGACGAGGCGGAUAGGCUGUUCAAAGUUGGACAAUUCAAAGAGGCGGAAAACAUUAUCGGCGCUUUAGAUGGGAAGAACCCUGAAGCGGAUGAUGAUGACGAUGAGGAUUCUGACUCGGAUGCUGGGAUGAGACGACGACAGACAUUGGUCUUCUCUGCCACUUUUGACAAGAAUCUCCAGACUAAACUUGCUGGAAAGGGUAGAAGUGCCAAGGCUGGAAGUGAUGAAGAAAAGAUGGAGUAUCUUAUGAAGUGUCUCAAGUUUAGGACGGAGCCAAAGUUCAUCGACGUCAACCCCGUGAGCCGGAUGGCAGAUAAUCUUCGCGAAGGUCUGAUCGAGUGCGGAGCCAUGGAAAAGGAUCUCUAUCUAUACUCUGUUCUUUUAUUGAACCCCGGUCGCAGGACAUUGGUUUUCACGAAUUCCAUUUCUGCCGUUCGCCGCAUCACGCCGCUCCUUCAACAUCUCAACCUAAACGCCUUACCGCUCCACUCACAAAUGAUUCAAAAAGCUCGUCUCCGGUCCCUGGAAAAGUUCACAGCAGCACGCAACACCGUUCUCGUUGCUACCGACGUCGCCGCGAGAGGUCUCGACAUCAAAGAAGUUGACCAAGUCAUUCACUACCAUGUACCCCGCGCCGCAGAUACAUACAUCCACCGCUCUGGACGUACGGCACGAGCCGAUCGCAGCGGCGUCAGCAUCAUUCUGUGUUCGCCAGAUGAAGUCCUCCCCACCAGAAGACUUGCUAGCAAAGUCCACGCCGAGCGAGCGUCUGGCAAGAAGCAGCACUUCAUUGAGAGCUUGCCCAUUGACAGGAAGAUUGCGUGUCGACUCAAACCACGCCUCGACCUGGCCAAGAAAAUCACUGAUGCAAUCUUGGCCAAGGAAAAGGCUCACAGCAAUGACACUUGGCUUCGGAACGCUGCUGAAGAUUUGGGCGUCGAGUAUGAUUCUGAAGAGUUUGAGGCCACAGCUUCAAGUGGUUGGGCUGGUGGUAGUCGUGGCGGUGGGCGGAGGAGGAAGGAGAAGGAGGCCAAGGCGUUGACAAAGGCUGAGAUGGGUGCGCUGAAGGCCCAGUUGAGACAGGAGUUGAGUCAGAGAGUCAACUUGGGUGUGAGCGAGCGGUAUAUUACGGGUGGUAGGGUGGAUAUUGCGCAGCUGUUGAAAGAAAGAGAGAAUACGGUGGGAGGCAUUUUCUUGGGUGGUGAUAAUUUGGGGUUGGGGUUGGGGUUGUGA